AUGAAGGACCCUGUUGUUGUGUCUACCCCAAUGUCCCCAGAAAUAGACAUCUGUGGACUUGAUGAACCAAACAGCAACAAUAACAAUGGUAGUAAUGGUAGCAAUAGUAUGGCCAUUACACCAUCAUCAACAUCUACGAGUGCACCAAUGAAUAUAGAGUCAUCACCAUUGAGCACAUUCUUUAACAAGUCUGUGUUUGACUCACCGUCCAGACCGUUUGGUGACGGGUUGGUGGGCACGCCUGGCAGCUUUGGCACAAGCGCCGGAAACACAUUCUCCUACUUCAAGAUGGAGGGCAUGGGCGGUGGCAACAACAUGAACAGCUUCUCGCCCAGCAAGCUGCUGCUGCACUCAUACGAUCUGCAGAGUAUCUACUCCAAGUCGCCCCUGCUCUUCCCUCUCAACACCUCACUGCUCACACCGCCACAACAUGGCAACAUGUUUCCAACAGUAUCACCUCGUAAUCAUAUCAUUAGUUCACAUAGUUAUAAUAACAAAACAGAUAAUAGUAAUAAUAAUAACAAUAGUAAUAAUAAUAAUAGUACAUCAACAACAUCAUCAUCUUCAACAUCAUCAUCCAAUGUAAUCAAUAUAACAAAUAUCCAUUCGAAUGGUAACAGUAACAACUCAACACCCGAGAACUUGGUAAUGCGUAUCAAUAGUGGACUGCAGCCACAGUCAAACUCGCACCUGACCUCAGCCAACACAUUGAUGAACAUCAACACGGCCAACCACUUGUUGCCAAGUGUCGAUCGCCAUGCAGGCCAUCGCCCAAGAUGGCAGCGAUACGACACGUCCGAUGAAGAGGACGACGAAUCAUCCGACGAGUACUCCUCCGACAUGCGCAUACAUCACGUGCACAUCGAAUCGGAUUUGUCCAUGUCCGAGGACGACAUGUCUGUGUCAUCGUCGACGCCGUCCUCCUCCUCCCACGCCGGCGUCCACUCCUCCUCGAGUGAGAUGAUGCUGGCAUCGGCAUUCCCCACGAUCAACGGGUCGCUGCCCAGCGUGCCACCCGCGUCCUACUCCCUGUCGUCCAACUCUAGCCACCAGCCAUCACUCGAGCGUCAGAUCGACCAGGCGAUGGCACAACACGGCAUGGUGGACGUUGGCGGUGGUCACCAAGAAUCGGACCAAUCAACUGGCAACGACACGCCAACUACAUCAUCGCGAGCCAAUAACAAGGGACAAUCAAACAACAACAAUCAAUCGACCAACUCCAACACCAACGCAAACAACAAAAACAUCAACAACAACAACAAUGACGUUGCUGUCAAGAAGCGCAAGAAGAACAAUGCAGAUGCAGGUCGCUGGUGUCACCAAUGCAAGGCUCUCAAACAAGAGUAUAUUCAAUGUCAGGCGGCACAGGCUGGACGUCUAAAGUGCAACAAACGCUUUUGUUCCACCUGUCUCACCAAGCAUUACAACAAAGAGAUUCCGGCACUAAAGGCACGCACCAAGCCCUGGGUGUGUCCAUUCUGCAAGGGCACCUGUUACUGUGCUGCAUGCAAGAGGAAGAGGGAAACUCCACCAUCUAAUUAG